CUCAGAGCUCUCCGCAAAAUGUCGAAUUUUGCAAGCUGUGACAUUCCUUUGCUGACAUUUUACCUUCUCUUCCCUCCUGAGCAGGCCAUGAAUUUCCUCUAUUUGUUAAAUGAGUAAUAACAUAGACUUUAGUAUUUUUUUUUGACUAAUUUUUACAUUCCCAGUGUAACUUCUUUUUGUAACCUUUUUAUCGUAUAUGUUUAUCUCUAUUUUUAAGGAUAUGUUCCAUCCACAGAACUAUUAGUCUAGAGAUUUUCAAAGCACCUUUUGUAUCUGAUGAAGAAACGGUGGUUCGUGUAAUUUGUCAAGUGCUGACACUGCAAAAUCGGUGGGCCUGGAUGUGGGAAAACUUAUCUCGAGGCAGAACAAACCACACCCACCAGAGAGAGACUUGAGUUAAGUCUUGCUGCAGUUCUUUACUUUCCUGCGGUUAAGAAGUACUGGUAUCUGAUUUUUGGAGUCUAUUACUUUCAUAAUGAAUUAUACAGGGUAUAGCAAGCCAGGAAAAACUUUCCUUUUCACAUCGGAAUCUGUGGGUGCAGGUCAUGCUGAUAAAAUGUGUGACCAAAUAAGUGAUGCUGUUUUGGAUGCCUAUCUUUUCCAAGACCCUGACUCCAGAGUUGCAUGUGAAUGUGUGGCUAAGACGGGCAUGAUUUUGCUUUGCGGAGAGGUGACAUCAAAGGCAGUAGUUGAUCUUCAGAAAGUGGUCAGAGACACUGUGAAGAGUAUUGGGUAUGAUGACUCAUCCAAAGGUUUUGACUACAAGACCUGCAAUGUGCUUGUGGCCUUGGAGCCACAGUGUACUGAGAUUAGUGACUGUGUGUUUGAAGGUCGUGAUGAGGAGGACAUUGGUGCUGGUGAUCAGGGUUUAAUGUUUGGUUAUGCAACAGAUGAGACAGAGGAAUGCAUGCCAUUGACCAUUCUCUUGGCUCAUAAACUCAAUUCUAAGAUGAAAGAGCUGUCACUGAAUGGAGAGUGUUCCUGGAUAUUACCUGACUGUAAAUCACAGGUUACAGUGGAAUACUGUGAUAAUAAGGGGGCUAUGGAGCCAAAUCGAGUACACACAGUGGUCAUCUCAGUCCAGCAUAAACCCAACAUUACUUUAGCUGAAAUCCGACAGAAUCUGAUGGAAAAAGUGGUCAAAGCAGUUAUCCCAGCCAAGUACCUGGAUGACAGAACUAUAUAUCACCUGCUGCCAAGUGGAAAAUUCCUAAUGGGUGGUCCGCAAGGAGAUGCAGGUCUUACAGGCAGAAAGAUCAUCGUUGACACAUAUGGUGGCUGGGGUGGUCAUGGUGGAGGUGCUUUCUCUGGGAAGGAUUGCAGCAAAGUGGAUCGUUCUGGAGCUUAUGCUGCCCGCUGGGUCGCCAAAUCACUUGUAAAAGCCGGGCUAUGCAGAAGGGCACUGGUACAGAUCUCAUAUUCCAUUGGCAUAAGCCAUCCGUUGUCUAUCUCAGUUUUCCAUUAUGGGACAUCCACCAGAGAUGAAGAUGAGCUUCUGGAAAUUGUUCAGAAGAAUUUUGACUUAAGACCUGGGGUAAUCGUCAAAGAGCUUGGUCUGAAAAAACCCAUUUUUCAGAAAACUGCAAGCUUCGGACAUUUUGGAAGAGAGGAAUUUCCAUGGGAAAAGGCAAAGAAAUUGGCAUUUUAGUGUUUCAUUCAUAACCAAGAAAAAUAUUUGAUUGCAGCAAUCUAAAAAUGGAUGUUUUCAAGUGAAGUAGUUUUCAAUUAGGAUGGGAACCCUUCUUUGUCUACAUUUCACAGGCAUUUAAUGAUUGUAUUUUACAGUUGUUAUCAAUGUAAUUUUGGAGGAAAAUUAGAAAUUUUUAAACCUUAUGCCAAAUGGCACCACUUUUGUUUUAUUAUGUGUUUCUACAACAUUUUCUAUCUUUCUGUAUUGUUCAAAUUUAAUGGAAUUAUGUGCUAAUUAUAUGAUAUGUAAUGCUGAAAUUAAAUAAGUAUAAUUAUACAAUAUGCUGAAAUUGCACAGAAAUUCUCAAAAAAUCAUCUUAUAUAUCUGGCAAUCACUGUCACUGGCAAUCAAAUGACGGGUGAAGUCCUACUUCUUCCUGAAACACUUAAAACUAGUGCUUAGGUUUUCCUUGUUUGUUUUAUACAUUUAUGUGUAAAAAUUGAUAUAAUUUCUCCCAACAGAGUUUUAGGCUGAUGGUACUCUGUCUGUAACCUAGUGAACCAGUAGUGAUGUUUUCAUUGAUAUAGUCUUCAAAGCACGUUUUUAUGCCAUACUGUAACUAUAGAUGUAGAAAUACCAGUGUUUUCAUGGAUUUUUCUGUUAAUUCCAUGCUUCACCACUGAGUGUCAGUAAAGAUUGGAUUAUA